AGAAGAUGGCGACUCACGCAAUGUGUGCGUCUAUCAUGUGUUUUCCAGAGCUCGAUAUGAUGCCGAAAACUAGACAAUUGUGAGGCGUAUCCACUAGUAAUGUAGCAGUGUCGUUUGCAUCAAAUCACAAUGGCCGAUGAACAACAAGAAAAGGUAACGGAGCAAUCUAAUCAGCAAGCGGAUGGUGCUGCCGCUGUCAAUGAAGAAGGUACACUGCACGAUGAAGAGAUUGCACCAGCUGUUGUCGAUUCAACAGAAGGGACUGAAGAGGCGGGUAACACCCAGGCAGACAGGGGAAUAGAUCAAGUUGGUGAACAAGCCAUUGAACAAGAUGAGUUGACAGGAUCAGAUCCAGAUGGUGACAUUAUGGACCCUGUUGUUGACCACAAUCAAACCAUCAAAGAGCAAACUGACAAUCCGGACAUAAACCAAGCUUCAAAAGAUGAAGUCCUACCUGAUCAGGAUGCAUCCCAAGAGAACACAAGUCCGCCAGACAAGGAUUUAAACCAUGAACAGUCUAUCCAGGAUAUUCCUUCAAACCAGGAUCCUGCUGACAGCUCUCCCGCUGUCAAAUCCCCCAUCAUAGACUCAAAGGAUUCUCAAACUAACCUUGUUGAAGUGCCUUCUGCAGGAGAUGCAGCUUGCGAGAGUGAAGAGACUGAUACAGAUCAGCUUGAGGAUAGAGAGGUCGAUGCAGGACUUCUCCAACCGGAACCAGAUGAACCUGGCAAAACUGUAACUGAGGGUCUGAAACUGCCUAAAGAAGAGAUCUCAACAAAUGAACAGAAUCAAAGUGUAGACAAUGAGGAACCCGCUGAUGGCACUGUCCAAAGUAAUGAUAACAGUUCUAAUGUGGAUCCAAAGGAAGCAGAAGGAGCUGCUCUACCAUCAGAUGUUCCUGCGAGUGGGGACCAGCCGAACAACGCCGAGUCGCUGUCUUACAAUCAGGAGGAAGGCAUUGUCCAAAGUAAUGAGAACGACUCUAAUGUGCAUCCGAAGGAAGCAGAAGGAGCUGCUCUACCAUCAGAUGCUCCUGAGAGUGGGGACCAGCCUAUUGACCCUGAAUCGCCGUCUUCCAAUCAGGCUGAUCAAGCUGUAACAGUUCAGACUGCCAGUUCACCGCAUAUCAACAACGAAAUAAACCAGGGUCCCACGUCAGAAAUUAACUCUCAAACCUCCCCAGAGUCUCCGUCUCAAAGAUCUCCUGUCAAGGAGGAGCCAUCCAGUGCAGAGAGCACUCCUGUCUUACUGCAACGGAACAAUAACAAUGAAUUGCACCAGGGCGAUGACUUUGUUCAGCUUGGAUCGGUGCAUAUACCUACAGGUGGUGUUGGUGAUGUGGACGAGGUAAAUGAAGAAAGAGGAUCGCAAUAUGAUUUAAGAGACCCAGCAAUGCACAAGAUGAGAUCGUCACUACCUGUUGAUGCAUAUGGUGAUUCCAGAAAACAUCCUUUGCCAGCAAUUCAUCCUGAUCCUCGUCUUUCCCGUUCCCUCCCUCCGUCCACGGAUCCAGCCAACAUUCCAGAAGGUUACUACAACAGGAGUCUCUCACGGGGUGAAGGGCAAUAUUCACGCACUCACAUACCACGUAUCCCAUCGGCUAGUGGCUCCAGUAAAACCGGGACGAGAGACAGGGACGUCAGGAGGGCGUUAAAUUCAGCCAAGCUGCCACCGUCCGUGAUGAAGAUGUCGACAGUUAUGGUGUCAGCGAGGAAGAGGGCUGUACUGAACAGACACAGCAGUGUAUUCUAUGAAGAAAGACAUCAAACCAAAGUUAUUAGUUUGGACGAAGCAAUCAACAGUCGACCUCCGAUGCCCUUUGACCUCGAUAAUCCUGGGCCGUGCCGUUAUACUCCAAGAAACAAACCCUUGAAUGAAACCAACGCUCCUGAGUUCACAUUUGGUCAUAGGCUACAGGAAAAGGGCGGUGGCGGUAGAACAGCCAAUUCUAAGACAUGGUUCAACAGCAAAGAUGGAUUCACAACAAAAGUCCACUGGGAUAAAAGAUGGCCAUCACCAGCUCACUAUAACAGCACUCGUCCACUUCUUGGACGGCGCAAACCAACGAUGUUCGACUAUCCAAACUUCUCCAUAGGCGUCAAGUCCAAAUUCAGCAUUAACAAAAGAGGCUCUGAGAAUGAACCAGGACCCAACGAGUACAAUCGCUCCAAUUCAGACUCUAUUAUUCUGCGGAAAGCCCCGAGCUAUACCAUCAGCCAGAGGCACCAAGGCACACAGCUGUGGGGUGGCAAAGAAACAACCCCAGGUCCUGGAACAUACACCCCUCGUUGGGGGUUCGAUUCCGGCAUGGUCCACCAUCCAUCAUUCACCAUCCAGGGAAUUCGUCGGGCCAAAAAUCACCAACUUGGACCACACUCGACUUUUUGAUUGAGAGUGUUCAAGGCAAGCACUCUUCUAUUGUAAAAACAGAGGAGCCAUCAUGGAAUCUGAAAUUUUUGCUGGUGGGAAGUUAUUUGUGUGAAUUGAUCAUGGAUGUAUGUAAUUAUUUCUUCUUCGUCAAUGUAGACAGUUGGCCUUAUCAGGUAUGAUCUUAUGCUGUGAUUAGGAACUUGCGUCUUUAUUGUAUUUAUUACAGGGUGAUAAUCCACAGUGUUGAAACAUGAUGUCUAUUUGAAUUGAAAACCAUUAUUAUGCAAAAAAUAUGCAGACUUCAGAGACAAUUUUGUAUAUUUAUGCUCUCUAUAUAUUUAUAUUCUUGAAUUAUUUGUGAAUCAUUCAUGUGUGUGCUUUGAGUCAAGGACAACUUUAUGCCAAGAUUUUUAUAAUUGCUAUUUUGGUGCAUGAUUUUGAGUCAAUCAAAUUUUGAUAAUAAAGCUGAAAAUACAUGUACCAAUACCAAACCAUUCCAAUGACAAUUUCUACCUAAAAACUCAUCCUCAGCUGGCCCAUUUUGUUGCAAAGAAACUACAGUUAUUUCCUGUUCUUUUGGCUGUGGUACAAAUGUUUAUAGAAUUUGGAGGCAAAAAUGUGGGCAUUCCAUUUUUAGUUUUGAGUAUUUUUUUCAAAAUAUUGAACAUGGCAGGUGAACUUGAAUAGUGAUGUUUAUUUCAGGAAAGCACCAGAUUUUCUGAUUUUCGCCACAAAAACUUAGAAAUAAUACAUCCUUUUCACCAGUUGGUGUGUUUACAUUGAGUUACUUGGUUCAUUAAACUUGAUGGAUGCGCAGUUAAUCUGACUGGCAGCUAUCACUGGUUUGAAAAUGAUCCGACUAAGAACACUGUUUGGAAUAGGAAUUACAUGGAGAUAACAGGUGUUAGUUGUCAGAUAAAAAGGAUGUAUUAUUCCAUCCACUUUCCUUCCGUAAAGUCAGACUUCUGACAUAACAAAAGCAGAUGUGUAAAAUGAAUUGUAUACUAAAUAUUGUUGAAUUUUGAUAACAAGCUAAAGCUAUUCACAUCUAAAACAGUUUAACAUUUGUUUGAGAUGCACUUCCAGUGAAUUUUUUAAGAGCCAGGCCAUCAAAUAAGACCACAUUGUUUCCAUUUUUAAGGACAGCAUAAUCUACUUUAAAUAUACAUGUACAUUAUUUUGAUAAAAUUACACUUUUUAUACUUUUGUAUAUUUAGAAUCAAUUUGUGCUAGUAACUUAAAGCAGCAGAGAAAAUACUUUUUAGGUCAUUUUUUCCCCCAAUAAUAAUUAUGUGUGUAAUACAGUUUUGUAAAGGAUGAUUUAUUCUAAGAGAAGACGUUUUACACAAAUUGUAGUACUGUAUUUUCACGAUCUUGUAAUAUUGUGUAUAUGUAAAUUUGCAUGUAUUUCCUCAGUAAAAUGGAUUAUAAUGCUAUACAAUGUGCAUUAAAGCAGUUCU